UGUCAGGUACACACAGGAAGUGAUGUCAGGUACACUCAGGAAGUUCCAUACAUAGGUAGAGAGAAGACGUUGUUGGAAGUGGCAGCAGAGGAGUUAUCCGUCUACAAGGAGACCUGUAUAGAUCACAUGAUGGCACCAAUGAGGAUGGAGGAGGACCGGAGUCACAUGACUGAGAAGAUACUAAACCUCACCCUGGAGAUCAUCUACCUGCUGACCGGAGAGAGAUUUCCUCUUCUGAAGUCAGGUGAUCAUAUGACCAUCACAGUGCCUCCAUGUGACUCCCUAAAACCUGAGAGACACAACAUGCAGAAGAUUCUAGAAGUCACCAAGAAGAUGAUGGAGCUGCUGACAGGAGAGGUUCCUAUAAGGUGUCAGGGUGUCACUGUCUAUUUCUCCAUGGAGGAGUGGGAGUAUUUAGAAGGACACAAGGAUCUCUACAAGGACGUCAUGAUGGACAAUCAGCCGCCGCCCCUCACAUCACUGGAUGGAUCCAGUCAUGGGAACCCACCAGAGAGAUGUCCCCGUCCUCUGUAUUCCCGGGAUUCCACACAGGAAGGUCACACCAUCCCUCACCAUCAUCAGGGUGAAGAUCUGAUAGAUAUAAAAGUUGAGGUUAAAACAGAAGAAGAAGAGGCGUAUGUGAGGGAUGAUCAGCAGUCUAUGGAGGAGGAUGGAAUGAUGAGGACAUUCAAAGAGGAGGACACUCCUACAGAGAUCAGCACAGGUGAGCCACAAUAUAUUCUCUUAUCUCUUCUCUGUUACUGC